UUAUUUAGCAAAAAUAAGAGAGAGAGAGAGCGCUUUAAGCCUUUAACCAAGAUCUCUCCUUUCGCAGCAGAGAGCCCCGCUUCUUCUUCUUCUUCCAAUCGAAAUCUACAUCUCUCUGUGUUCGAUUCCCCAUUUCUGUAUGCUUUUAUCGUAAUCAGAGCAUGUAUUGACCGAUGGAAUAACAGCAUGUCUUAAAUCUCUGUCCGAAAAUCUCCCUCCCCGCGGCCAGGUCGAUUUCUUCCGCGGCGAAAUCCGUGACACCCAAUUCGUAAAUUUCCGUGGGGUUUCGGAUCUUCCGGAUAUUUUCGACCAGAUCAAUCAAUACCCAUUGCUGUAAACCCGUUUCCGAGGAAACCCAGAAGGAAGAAGGCGAUGAAGAUGGCGGCGAAUGGCCGGUUCUUCACAAUAGGGCUCGUUGCCGCUUGGUAUUCGUCCAAUAUUGGAGUUUUGCUGCUGAACAAGUACUUGCUCAGCAACUAUGGCUUCAAGUACCCGAUCUUCCUCACCAUGUGCCACAUGACGGCGUGUUCGCUCCUCAGCUACGUCGCCAUUGCUUGGAUGAAGAUGGUCCCUAUGCAGACGAUCCGAUCCCGCCUCCAGUUCCUGAAGAUCUCCGCCCUCAGCCUCGUUUUCUGCGUGUCGGUGGUCUUCGGGAACAUCUCCCUCCGGUUUCUCCCGGUGUCGUUCAACCAGGCGGUUGGAGCCACGACGCCGUUCUUCACCGCCGUGUUCGCUUACCUGAUGACGCUGAAGAGGGAGGCUUGGUUGACUUACAUGACUCUCAUCCCCGUCGUCACCGGUGUUAUCAUUGCCAGUGGGAGUGAGCCAAGUUUCCACCUUUUCGGAUUCAUUAUGUGCAUUGCAGCCACAGCUGCAAGAGCACUUAAAUCGGUACUUCAAGGAAUUUUGCUUUCUUCCGAAGGGGAGAAACUGAACUCCAUGAAUCUCCUCCUCUAUAUGGCUCCCAUAGCUGUUGUGUUCCUUCUGCCAGCUACCCUUAUUAUGGAGAAAAACGUCGUCGGCAUUACACUUGCCCUUGCAAGAGAUGAUUUCAGAAUCAUUUGGUAUCUGCUAUUCAAUUCAGCCCUUGCCUAUUUCGUGAACCUGACCAAUUUCUUAGUCACCAAACACACCAGUGCCUUGACACUUCAGGUGCUAGGAAAUGCAAAAGGAGCGGUGGCGGUUGUGGUCUCAAUUCUAAUAUUCCGAAAUCCGGUCUCAGUGACCGGAAUGCUCGGUUACUCUCUCACAGUCUGUGGAGUGAUCCUUUACAGUGAAGCCAAGAAAAGAAGCAAAUGAAAACCCUUAACCCCGAGACCGAGUUUAUCAUUCCUCCAGACACUUUACUCUCUUCAUUUCAUAUAUAUAUGUUUCAUAGUUUCUUCAUUCUGCAACACAGGCAAGUAGCUUUGCUGUGAGCAAAACCUGACACAGAACCUCAAAGUCUUUUGCCUUUAAUGGAUGAUAUCUCUCUCUCUCAUACCAAAAGGAAGCUGAGCCAAAGGUGGAAGCACGCAGGAUGAUGAUAUGAUUUCACCGUAAAGGAUUUGAGGACUUCCUAAUAAGUAGCUCUCACUUUUCUUCUCUCCUUUUUGAAUUCUCUAUUUGCUUUUGGUUGUAGGUUUGUUCUAAGGGUAACAUCCAGUUAGCUUUUCGAUUCUUUACAUUAGUUUCGAACAUUCGAUACAUCGAUCAAUUAAUGGAAAAGGGCAGUUGAGUUUUACAAUG